AUGGACGAUUUAAAGAAAAUGUGCUGCCGAAUUUGUCUAAAAGACGCCGAGCCUCCAGUGGACAUUUUUGCCAAGCAGAAACACGAUGAGAGCUUGCCCUACGAGCCGGAAGACAUUCCGGCCAAUAUGAUUAAGGAGUGCAUCGGGUUGAAUGUGGAUGAAGGAGACGUCCAUCAUCAGCAUUUAUGCGAGCCAUGCUUUAAGGCGCUGCGGAAGGCGUAUCGAUUCAAGCGUAGGUACAGCCGGAGCAUGCAGAGUAAUGCACCAGUGAAGAGAGAACCAACUGACGUGCAGACUUCCAUAAUUCCAAAUGACGCGGCCCAGGAGCAGACUGUAAACGUGAAGAACGAGAUAGAUGUCGAUGCUGUUGAUUCCACUGCGCCGGUUUUUAACGAGGCUGAAAACGACAACACUGCGGCGGAAUAUUUUGAGAUCAUCGAGACCGACGACUGGACUUAA